GAAAUCUCUCUAUUCCAAAUCUCCGAAUUGCGGCAGCGGUGGCCGGCGGUAAUAACUCGUCGGCGGAGCGGAGAAGCCGAAGUCUCUGUCUUUUUGUUGGGUUUGUCUUGUGAUCAACUGGGUACGGUUAGGUGAAGAAAAGGAAUGUUUGGAGUUAGUACUAAUGAUGGAAGUAGGAGACGUUUACCCCAAUGGAUGCUGGGCGGGUCAUCUGCUGGCCAGGAGAAGAAAUCCGGCAAUGUGGAAGAAAAGGGCAACCCGGUUGAAGAACAACUUGCUUCUCAAGAGACUGAGACUGUGACUGCAAAACCAGGUGAAAGGAUCCAGCGUCAUGAAAAGGAAACACUGGGAGAAGGCUCGCAAGUUCUUCAAAAGUGUGAGGCAAAGACUAGAAAUAGAAAAUCUACUGAACAAGAUGAAGACUUUGAAGGUAAUGUCCCAGAGUCUGUUCUAGAGAAGAAGUGUAGUAGGGGUGGGAGAAGAAAAGUUCAGGAAUCUGUUGCUCCAGAUAAACAAAAAGCAAAGGCUCCUGGAAGAGGGAUCCUUGAAAAGGAAACAUUGGGGGAGAGCUCUCACAUUCUUGCAAAAUGUGAGGUAAAAAGGAACAAAAGGAAAACAAAUGAACAAAAUUCAGAUUUUGAUGGUAACUUCCUUGCAAAUCUUCCAGAGAAACUUGGACGUGGGAGAAGAAAAGUUCAAGAACCAGCUCUCUUGAAGAGACAAGAAGCAAAUGAUUCUGCCUGUGGAAGUGGUGAGGAACAAGAAUUACAGACUUUGAGUGAUGAUGAUGUCGAUCUGACUGCGGAAGAUUUAGUGAUAAUUGCUGAAGAGGUUUGGUAUCAUCAUUGUGCUGUACAUAAAAGCUGAUCGGGAAUUAGAGCCAGAAAAAGCAUCGAUUCAAGAAAAUGAAAUAGGCAGUAGACUCGCAUUAAGAGUCGCUUGCAGUAAUAAGUCAGACAAAUCAAUGGACUCCCAAAACUGUGAUGACAGGUCGCUCAUCCAAGAUGCUACCAGUUCUAAGCCUAACUAGAGUUUGGCUAGUGAAAGUACUGUCUUGAAUUCUGGUAGAACAGGGGAUCCUGCUCAGGACAUGCUGGAUCUGUUUUUAGGCCCCUGGCUGAAGAAACCUGUCGAGAAGGAAGCAAGGACUGACAUUCUGACAGACAACCUGGCAUUCUCCUACGAACUCAAAUCACAAACACGUAGUAAUGUGACAAAAGAAGAAAUUGCUCCCAUAACAAAGAAGAAGUCCAGUCUGAAAGACAAGGUGGCAAUGUUUCUUGACUGAAUCAGACCCUCUAUAGUACAGUGAAGUGUAUAUCGGUUGUUCCUUACAAAACACUGAAGACAACCAGUCCUCUGUGUGACUGUGCCGAUUUAUCAUCUGGUGGCAGAUGUUGCUUGGCUCUCAACCUUGGUUUGCCAGCACAAACCCUAGGAUUUCGCGUAAGGGUGUAUUGCAUUUAUUACAUGCCAGUAGUAUCACCAGUUUACAAGUCGGCUGAAUAUAUUAGUUAAGUACCUAGGUGUAUAUACUCAAAGAGCUGCUGGUUUGGAUCUGUAAUUUAGUCAUUCAAUUUCUUCUGAUAUCAUAAUUUUUCUU